AUGGCUGCAUCCCCACAUCCGGAGCAGCGCAUCUCCUCAUACGAGGUUGAUAAGAAGAUCUUUUACUCAGACUCUUCCACCUCGAUCUCGAGCGACGACAGCCACCACGACGACAACAACAAGGAGCUAGGCCUUGACCAAGGCAUUGAUCUUCUGGCAGAAAGACCUUCGCAAGGCGGCAACAUCUCCGCGUUCUUCAACAUUGUCUGUGUCGUUGCUGGAACAGGAACCUUGGGUCUCCCGUACAGUUUGGCCAAAGGCGGGUGGAUCGGCGUCGGUAUCUUGGUCCUGUCGAUGAUUAUGUCGAUCUACACAGGGAUCCUUAUUAUCAAAUGUAUCUACUACAAUGGCCAUACGCGCCUGGCCUCGUAUCAAGAGAUUGGACAGCAAGCCUUUGGAAGGAUAGGUCUCAUCGCCGUCUGGUUCUUCCACACCUCAAUUGUCCUUGGAGCGCCCGUCAUGUACUUCAUCCUAUCCGGUACUGAAAUCCGCGGCUUGACCCAGGCUCAUGUCAAUAUCUCCGAUAAGGUCUGGAUCUGGAUUUGCUGUGGCGUCGUCUCGAUCCCCUUUAUGCUCAUGAAGACUUUAAAGGAGGUCUCGCUAUUGAGUAUCUUUGGUGUCAUUGCGACUGCUGUGCUGGUGGGUGUGACAAUGGUUGAGUCUGCAGUUGACUACAAGAACCACAAGGACACUGUCAAGUAUGACGCCGCGAUCCUCCGCAACCUGCCCCUGGCAGUUGCGACAAUCUCAGUCUGCUUUGGUGGUAACGUCGUUUACAUGCAUGUGGAAGAAUCGAUGCGAUACCCACGCGCCUGGAACAAGGUUCUCAUCUGGGCCAUGAUCGCCUGCUGCUUCAUGUACGCCAUGGUUGCUAUACCCGGCUAUCUGACCUACGGACCUGACGCUACCUCACCUAUUUUGUCAUCCUUGCCUGAGGGAGCCUCGCGUAAGGUCGCAACAAUUACGAUCGUGGCACAUGUGCUAUUGGCGGCUCCGGUGUUGAUGACUUCGUUUGCGCUAGAAGUCGAGCGCGUGAUGAGUAUCUCGGUCGAGCAACGCGGUGUAGUGAAGGAGAGGAUUUACAGGACGAUCGUGCGUCUGAUAAUCAUGGGGGUGGUUGGAGGAAUCGCGUGCUUAGUACCGUUCUUUGACUCGUUCCUGUCGUUGUUAGGAGCGUUGGGCAACUGUAUGUUGAUCUAUGUACUGCCAAUUGGGUUCUAUUGGAAGCUCUUUGGAUGGAGACAGAUGAGAUGGUACGAGUUAGUGUGGUGUGGCAUUAUCUUGGUGAUUGGGCUGCUGAGCUGCGUCAUCGGCUCGAUCGAUGCGAUCAAAGAUCUGCACCGCGACUUUACCCAAGGACGGCCUUAG